UUUCAUUUAAAUUAGUCCAUAUCUAAAAUUUUACACAAACUUUGCCUUAUGGAUAGUACUAUUACUCCUAUUGUACUUAAAGAUGGCCAUGAACACAGCAAUAAUAGUUCUUCUUCCCCAAGAAAAGGUGGCUGGAAAUCCGCCAUUUUCAUCAUUUUGGUGGAGGUAGCAGAAAGAUUUUGCUUCUAUGGCGUGUCUGGAAAUCUCAUAACGUACCUCACAAAUGUCCUUCAUCAACCUACAGCCGUUGCAGCCAAGAAUGUCAACACAUGGAUUGGUGUAUCGUCGGUCUUUCCGAUAUUAGGAGCGUUUCUUGCCGAUUCUUAUCUCGGCCGCUUCAAGACCAUUCUUCUCUCUACAAUCGUCUUUUUGAUCGGCACAGUACUGUUGACCUUGUCGGUUUCAAUAAUUCAGAAUCAUCACCGGGAAGCAGUGUUCUUUCUUGCUCUUUACAUCUUAGCUAUCGGUGAAGGCGGACAUAAGCCCUGCGCGCAGACGUUCGCCGCCGAUCAGUUUGACGAGGGGAAGCCGGAGGAGAAGGCGGCCAAGAGCUCAUUCUUCAACUGGUGGUACUUAGGUAUUGUUAUUGGUGCCACCACUGCUGUAUUUGGUGUCAUAUACGUCCAGGAUAACGUGGGAUGGACACAAGGAUUUGGCAUGUUGACCGGAGUUCUAGCAGUGGCAUUGAUCGUAUUCUUGAUCGGAAUCAAACAAUACCGUAUCGAGAUCCCAACUGGGAGCCCAUACACUACGGUGGUUCAAGUAUUUGUCGCGGCAGCAAAGAAGCGGCGAGUGGAUGAGACGCAGCAGGGCUGGGGCAUUUGCUGCGAAGAUGAGAAAAAUGGGGCUGACCUUGAGGUUCAUGGUCAACCUAAGGUUCGAAAUUUAGGCCGAACCACGCAAUUCAGGUUCUUGGACAAGGCAAUGAUUAUAGACAACAAAGAUGUAUCAAGCAACACAAGAAAUCCAUGGAGACUAUGCACACUCAAUCAAGUGGAAGAAGUAAAGCAAGUCCUCCGGCUAGUACCCAUAUGGCUAAGUUGCUUGAUGUUCACAGCAAUAUUAGUCCAAACUCACACAUUUUUCAUCAAGCAAGGCAGCACAAUGGUCCGAACCAUCGGACCAAAAUUCAUCUUCCCUCCAGCAUCACUUCAGAGUCUAAUAGGACUCACAAUCCUCAUCGCAGUUCCGGCUUACGACAAAUUGUUCGUCCCCAUGGCUCGGAAAAUAACAGGACAUCCAUCCGGCAUAUCUAUGCUUCAAAGAAUAGGUGUUGGAUUAUUCUUAUCAAUUCUCAAAAUGGCAGUAGCAGCAGUAGUAGAGGCUAAAAGGGUCAACACCGCAAUCGAACACGGCCUAAUCGAUAACCCGAAAGCAAUCGUACCGAUGGCAGUGUGGUGGUUGCUACCACAAUACAUGAUCAGUGGACUAGAAGAUGUGUUUACAGUAAUAGGAUUGCAAGAAUUAUUCUAUGAUCAAAUGCCAGAAGGAAUGAGAAGUAUGGGAGCUGCAGCUUAUAUAAGUAUACUUGGAAUUGGAAGCUUUAUAAAUAGUGGAAUUAUAUCUGUAGUGCAAGCUAUUACAUCUAGAUGGGGUCAUAAUGUUUGGCUUGGAGAUAAUGUUAAUAGGGCCCAUCUUGAUUAUUUUUAUUGGGUAUUGGCAGUGUUGAGUGGCUUAAAUUUAUGUGUUUAUGUAUGGAUUGCUAAUGGUUUUGUGUACAAGAAAGUUGAUGGUGAUGAGGAUCGAGAAUUAAUUAAUGGAGGGGAGAAAAGUAGGCAUUGAGUGUUGGAGAGACUUUAGAAUUCAUGGUUGAUUUUAAAUUAGUAUUGUAUCAUAAUCAAAUGCUGCAAUAUAUCAUCUGUGUUAAGCUUGGGUCAA